UUAAUUGAAUUGGGUUGGAGACUGUCCUUCCAACCCGCCCAAUCUGGCAACGCUGUACGCGACGUAAACGUACGACGUGCCCCGGAAAUAUACAGCAGUACUUUCUAGAAUUUCUCGGUCGUCACUGUUCAGCGUAUCCCAGCUAGCCCCAGGCUAACGCUACCCGCCGUGUGAGUCUUCAAUCAUGUCCAAAAUAGACUACAGCGUAUGGGACCACAUUGAAGUGUCGGACGAUGAAGAUGACACCCACCCAAACAUUGACACACCGAGCCUCUUCAGGUGGAGACACCAGGCCCGUGUGGAGCGAAUGGAAGAAUUCCAGAAGAAAACACAAGACUUAAACAAGGGACUCUCAGAGUGCCGGCGUAAGGUGACAGAAGUGCAGAAGAAAAUCCAGGAGCUGAAUCUGUCGGGGACGGACGACAAUAAGGCCGACCUGUGCAAAGCGCAGGCAGAGGAGAAGAAACUGAAGAAGGAGCAGCGCGACUGGGAGAGGAAGCUUGAAGAUCACUGCCGCGACGAAAAGAAGAUGCCGUGGAAUGUGGAUACACUCAGCAAAGAAGGCUUCAGCAAGAGCGUUGUCAAUGUCAAACCUGAUGUGGUGGAAGAAUCCGAAGAGGACAAAGAGAAGAAGCAUAAGACCUUUGUGGAAAAAAAUGAGAAGCAAAUCAAGCACUUUGGCAUGCUGCGGCGCUGGGUUGACAGCCAGAAGUACUUGUCUGACAACCCUCACUUGGUGUGCGAGGAGACCGCCAACUACCUGGUCAUUAUGUGCAUUGACCUUGAAGUAGAGGAGAAACAUGCACUGAUGGAGCAAGUGGCCCACCAGACCAUCGUCAUGCAGUUUAUUCUGGAGUUAGCAAAAAGCCUCAAGGUGGACCCCCGAGGAUGCUUUCGUCAGUUUUUUGCCAAGAUCAAGACGUCAGAUCAACAGUAUCAGGAUGCUUUCAAUGACGAGCUGGAGUCCUUCAAAGAACGCGUGCGCGGCAGGGCUAAGAUCCGAAUUGAGAAAGCCAUGAAGGAGUACGAAGAAGAGGAGAGACAGAAGCGUUUAGGACCAGGAGGACUCGAUCCUGUUGACGUUUAUGAGAGUCUACCACUGGAGAUGCAGAAAUGCUUUGACGAAAAGGACAUCCAAAUGUUACAAGACGUGAUUAGCAAGAUGGAUCCGACGGAGGCCAAGGAGCACAUGAGGCGUUGCAUCGAGUCCGGACUUUGGGUGCCCAACUCCAAGCCGGGCGACGGGGACGAUAAAGAGGAGGAGGCCAUCUAUGAGGACACCAAAGAAGAGCUGGAAGAAGCCAAGAAGGACUGAGAAAUGGGGAGACCCUUUCUGUGUGAAUGUACUUGACCCGCUGCAAAGCCACGGCAACUCCAUUAAGUGUGCAACUAGUUCGCUAUGUCAGCAAAUUGUUUAAUCCCUCAGUUAAUGAUGGGUUCUACUUGGAAAGGAAUUAACCACAGCUUUUAUCAUGAGGUAUUUUACGUUGACCUUAAUGUGGACACAAAAACAUUGUUCUGUACACGCAAGUAUUAUGGUUUACUCUUUAUUCCUCAUAAACACAGGUUGCAGUUUUUUUUUGUUUUUUUAAUGAUGUAGGCUUUCAGCAGUUUCUGUAUUCUGUAAUUUCCCCUCAAAUUUUCUAUAAACAAGUUAAAGGUUUACCCAAAUUCUUGACUUUUUUUUUUGCAUGUGGCACAAAAAUGUACUUCUUCCAGGUCACAAUGUUUUCCAUAGGAAAUAAAAGUGAAUAUGUGGGUUUCUCAAAAUGUAUAGGUGGUUUUAAGGA